AUGGAGUGGCAGGACGAAAAGAAGGCCCUAUUAGCGACGAUUAGGAGACAAGAGCACGAGACUGCAGCACUUGCUAGACGUUUUAAAAUACUUCAACAGACACUGAAGGAACAGCAAAAGUUAGUGGAUAGAUAUCAGCAUGCGCUCGAGAUGAUUCAAGUCAAGAUUCCAGCAACAGCAGCAGCAUCAAUUGCGUCACCAAUUGACACAAGAAAGUAUCAACCAUUGACAAAACCCAAAUUUACGACACAACCCAAAAUAGAAAGUACUGAAAUAACAUUAAUGAAAGACUAUCCAUGGCGGAUAAAGAGGAACAAGACGGUAAUGAGUAUUGCUAAAGCUCCAGUGUUUAUGCCGGAAGCGACGAGAAAGACCAAUGAGAACAAGACAAUGGCGAUUGAGGUCAAGCCAGUAAUUGUUUCUACAAGACGACGACACACGCGUUUGGCUUCGACGUGGGCAGAAGAAAAGCAAAAGAUGAAACUCAAGAAACCCAAAUGGACAAAACCGACUGGAGCAUUGUCAGUAUCCGGAACAUUUGACAAGGAGAAUAUUAUUCAACCCGAGGAGAGAGUAGACUGUCCAAUGUCAACAUUUGCCUAUGUAGAAGUGGUGCGUAAUCGAGAAGAACGAAGAGCUUUACCAGGUUAUGACUGCAUUGAGUGCAAAAAGUACUACGAUGCACUUGGAGAAAUUGCAGCUACUGAUGUUGCAGCACAGAAACAUAAGUGUUCACGACAUCGUGCAAGGUUUCAACCGUAUGAGACACCUGAUGAUUUUUGGAGAUUGAGCUUUCCUGAUUCGGAAUCGCAAUGA